CCCCCGCAGGAGGUGGCGGGCGCGGGUGGGGGGCCGGGAGGAAGCGGGAGCCCCCUCCUAAGCCUUGUCUCUCCGCGCCAGGUCCUGCAUCCUCAGCGAGGUGUCCACGCGCUCCCGCUCUAAGCUACCUUCGGGGAAGAACGUCCUCCUGCUGGGGCCAGGCCUGUUUGUUUGAAUCUUUGAGCUCUGCUCAUCUCCGGUGGCUGUCAGGAUGCUUGAGAAGAAGUUUCCACAGUCUACAGCUAAUUUACAGGUGACCGUUCUGCUAAAUUCUGUAUUGUAGCAGAACAUCUAGUGAUACUCCAUUUUCUGCUCAGUAAACACACUUUUUGCCUGGACUAGUGAGAAGGGAGGAGGCUGGGCAGGGUCAGCUUCCUGUAUCUCUGAAGGCAGGAACAAGAAGGACCAUCACCAAACCCUGGUCUGUAGAUGGAGUAGCACCUUGGACAGAGAAGCUUUGAGGAACACCACCCCGAAUUUGAGGAGCUCAUCAGAGGAGUGACCUGUAGUGGUGCAGGAAGAAUAAUGAAAUGGCCUUUCUUCACUUGAGCAGAAGACUUUCCAUUUUGUUAACAAGAUGGUGAAAUACUGUGUGUGAAGAUGGAGCAGGUAAAACUAGCUUAAUAGGAAAAAUUCAAGGAAUAGAGGAAUACAAAAAAGGAAGAGGAAUGGAGUAUUUGUAUCUAAAUGUCCAUGAUGAAGAUCGAGAUGACCAAACAAGAUGUAAUGUGUGGAUUUUGGAUGGCGACCUGUAUCACAAAGGUCUUCUUAAAUUUGCUAUGGAGGCAAGCUCUCUAAAGGACACUCUAAUUAUGUUGGUAGUAGACAUGUCUAGACCUUGGACUGCACUGGAUUCUUUACAAAAAUGGGCAAGUGUUGUAAGAGAACAUAUUGACAAGUUAAAAAUUCCACCUGAAGAAAUGAAAGAAAUGGAACAAAAGUUGGUAAGAGACUUCCAGGAAUAUGUAGAACCAGGCGAGGAUUUUCCAGCUUCUCCACAGAGAAGAAAUACUUCAUUACAGGAAGACAAAGAUGACAGUGUGAUUUUACCCCUGGGUGCAGAUACACUAACAUGUAACUUAGGCAUUCCAGUAGUAGUAGUUUGUACAAAGUGUGAUGCCAUCAGUGUUCUGGAAAAAGAGCAUGACUACAGAGAUGAACACUUUGACUUCAUUCAGUCGCAUAUCAGACGGUUUUGCUUACAAUAUGGGGCAGCACUUAUUUACACUUCAGUAAAGGAGAACAAAAACAUUGAUUUAGUGUAUAAAUACAUAGUCCAGAAGUUGUAUGGAUUUCCUUUCAAUGUUCCAGCUGCUGUUGUGGAAAAAGAUGCAGUAUUUAUUCCUGCAGGUUGGGAUAAUGACAAGAAGAUAGGAAUAUUGCACGAGAACUUUCAGACACUAAAAGCAGAAGACGGUUUUGAAGAUAUCAUAACAAAACCACCGGUCAGAAAGUUUGUUCAUGAAAAAGAAAUUGUAGCAGAAGACGACCAAGUAUUUCUUAUGAAGCAGCAGUCACAGCUGGCGAAACAACCACCUACUGCUGCAGGAAGGCCAGUGGAUGCCUCCCCAAGAGUUCCUGGAGGAUCUCCUAGGACACCAAAUAGAUCCGUAACAUCAAACGUUGCCAGUGUUACACCUAUCCCUACUGGGUCAAAAAAAAUUGAUCCCAAUAUGAAAGCUGGAGCUACUAGUGAAGGAGUCCUGGCUAACUUCUUCAAUAGUCUCCUGAGCAAGAAAACUGGUUCCCCUGGUGGCCCUGGCGGUGUUGGUGGCAGUCCAGGAGGAGGUGGCACUGGAGGUGCUGGCAGCAACUUGCCACCAUCAGCAAAAAAGUCAGGCCAGAAGCCAGUUUUAACAGAUGUUCAGGCAGAAUUGGACAGAAUUUCACGAAAACCUGAAAUGGUCUCUCCUACAACACCUACAUCUCCCACAGAAGGUGAAGCAUCUUGAAGACACCAAAUAAAACCAAUUGUUCAGUUUUCUGGGAUAAUGCAAACUUGCCUCUGCCUCUUCCUUCAGUGACUGGAACUAAAGAACUCGAAUAUCUUUCAGAACACAAACAGUUGAUGUCUGUCUGUCCUUCAUUUGUGUUGCCCGACUUUACAAAAGGGAGCUGUACAGAUGGAAACCGGUUAUCACGUCACGUUAGGAGUACUGUUCACAGUGCAAGAAUAGUAAAUUAACUUCUUUCUGGGUUUUGUUGAAAAGUCAGUGUAAUUCUGUACAAGUGCAAGUACGUCGUCCACUGAAGCGAUAGGGGUUGCUUAGAGCAAGAAAACUGAUACACACCACAGGCACUUAAUUUAUAUCGAUUUCCCAACCUGUUAGGCAAGUUUAAUACCAUCUUUAAAUAGAUUAACCUCUAAAGGAGAGAACUACUGCUAGUUUUUUUGGAAGAGAAAAUUAAUUGCACAAAACUAUCGACAAACUCCAGUUACACUUGAACACUUCAUUUGGAGUAUAGUUAAAAAAAAAAAAAAAAAAAAAAAAAUCUGUUUGAUCUCCUCUGAGAUUUACACUGCAUUCAAAAACCCAUGCAAAAAUUCAUUCCAGAAACAAGUAAAUUAGUGGCCAGGGUUUUUUGGUUUUUUUUCUCUUUAAUUAAUUUCAGACACUGAUUAAAAGAUGUAUAAAGAAAAAGCAGAGGUUAAAUGUACAGAUUAUCAGUAUCCAGAUUUGUCUAUAUAUAUAUAUGGCUCAGCCUUAAUGUCCCCCACUGUUUCCCAUAUUAGUUACGGUUUUAAAUUGGUCAUCAAAACUGUAAUCAGUUAAUAAAGUAUUCUCUGCAUUCAAAUUUAAGUAACUUUCAUUGCAGCCAUGGUGUUCUUGUUUGCUUGCACUUAAAUCUAAGGAUGUGGUGUGAAACGUCUUAAAAACAUGCUUUUAUAUUUUACCUCUCAGCGAAUAAUAUCGCUGGUAGAGAUUUAAACUUCUUAAAGUGGUGUUUCUGGAAGGAAGUGGAUGAUUCUGAGGUGUUUGUUCCUAGGAGUAGAAGUGGCUUAUCCUCCUUGGGUGGUUGCUGCUGUAACGUGUUUUCAAGGCACGCUGGCUACACUAAAGAUCCUGCUGAUGACUCGGGUCUGUUGUCCAAGAAGUAGCCGGCCGAGGUUAGGACUUUACUUAAGCUUUCAGCGCACAAACGUCGAGCAUCGCUUCUCUGUUUCGUUUCACAUUUGUGGUCGCUUUCUACUGAUAGCCACA